AUGCUCUCUGUCCUCAUGCUGUUCAUCACCGGCAUUGUUGUGGCUCUGUUCGCGGGGCCGGUCCCUGCAAUUGGGGCGAUCACCUCCAGCCUGCAGAGCAUCUUGAGGAACACCCAUGGCAGCAAAGAUUAUGGAUAUCCGACUGAUCUAACUAGAGAUCUUCUCCCGGUGAUAUGGAACUGCCCAACAUCCAAUUGGUCUAAUAUUGACCUAGAAAUAGCGACUAUUGGCGUGAUGAACCAUUUUAUACUGGUUCGUCAUUCCGGAAACUUGGACUUGAUUGUAAUUAGCUCAUCGCCUACCAGGUUUGUCUCAUGGCUGUACAUCCACGGAAGCCGAUGUCUGGCUUUACAAUGGCACACUAUAUGUACGCAACCCGAAUCAUUCUGCAUUAUCAUGCUAAUUGAACCAGAGCAGCGAACUCUAGAAUCCUUGUACAUUAAUCCAAUUCUAGAUGUUCUGGAGCGCCAGAACCCGGAAAGCCCGUUUUUGACAUCGGCAACUAAAAAUGGCGUUUGGGACACUGUUCCCGAUCAAACACUGUAUUUCUUCAUCGAUGUGAAGACCUCUGGCCACGAGACCUUCAAGGCAGUUAUCGAUGCUCUUGAGCCUCUACGAGCCAAAGGGUAUCUCACCACCGUCAAAGAUGGCAAGACUGUUAUCAACGGGGCAGUCACUAUCAUCGGCACUGGCGAGACACCGCUGGAUAUGGUUGCGCCAGUGAAAGAUCGAGACUACUUCUUUGAUGCACCUCUAGCAGACUUGAACGACCCCAAAUAUGCCGACAUAACUGGAAUCGUCUCGCCAGUCGCUUCAACCGAUUUCGACAAGGCCGUCGGCAAGAUCACUGUCGAUACAGACCCGAUUCUAUCAGAGGACCAGCUUAAAGCCCUCCGAGCCCAAAUCGCCACUGCAAAUGAGCGCGGGAUUGGUGCCAGGUACUGGAACACGCCAUACUUCCCAAUCCGGAAGCGCAACCUUGUAUGGAGGACUUUACUACGCGAGGGAGUCAUCCUGCUUAACGCUGAUGACCUAGAUGCUGUAACAGCCUAUUUUUAA